AUGUCUUCCCCCUCGUAUCCUAUCACAUUCCCCCGCACUCUGGCGGCUGGGGAAAAUGCCAUGGCCACGCUCACUCACCCUUCCCCCGCAAUUUGGGUACUGAGAUUGCAUUCGGGGCCUGACAAUCGUCUGACCAAUAAGAUGUGCCUCGGUGUGCUCAUUCCUGCGUUCGAUAUCGUCGAAAGUGAAUGGAGGUCUAUCUGGAGGGCAGCAAAACUCGGCAAGACAGGCGUAAAGGAUGGCGCUGAGGGAGGAUUCGUGAUUACCGGAACUGGGGACAAGACUGGACUACCAGGAUGCAUUUCCCAGCCUGGAUUCAUGACUGGUGUGCUGAACCCAGUUAUCUCGAGACUUUUGGCAUUCCCAAUUCCGACGGUCGCCGCGCUCAACGGACACACAUUUGCCGGUGGUUAUCUUCUCGCCCUGGCCUGCGACUACCGAGUAAUGACCUCUGGAAAAGCAUGGGCAUGCUUCAACGAAAUUCAUUUUGGCGCGCCUCUCCCACCCGCUUUUGCCACCUUGAUUCGUGUGAAAGUUGGCCAUUCGCACCCAGCGCUUAUGCGCAAGACGGUCUUGGAAGGCCAUCGGUUCACGCCCAAGGAGUUGUUGGAGGCUGGGAUCGUAGAUGCCGUCGUUGAUGGAGGAAAUGAAAAAGUUCUCGAGCGAGCUAUUGCAAUCGCAACAGCUAUGGGUGGAAACGCACGUGGUGGGGCUUGGGGAUUAAUCAAAAAAGAGAUUUACCGCGAGGCAUUGCAAAUGUGCGGUGACAAUACGAGACAAAUUAUGCCUGAGGAGGACCACAACUUUACCAAAGCCCAUAUCGCUCGGCUAUAA